AUCUGGAAGGCCAGUCACGCUGUGGGGUUCAAAGAGGUCUGGCUAGCCAUGAGCUAUGCUGCUGCUAUAAACAACCUCGGUGUCCCAAAUUGAAUAACCAGAGAGAACACUUGGGAGCUCUGGGCGUUCGUGUUCUUUAGUAGUAGAAACAAUUGCUUUUAAGAGGCUUUGAACUUCUGUUUUAUAAGACUUGUUUCCAAUGGUUCAGCAAACCGUAUUAUAAAGAAGUAAGCAUGACCGAAGUGCUCUCUAGACAACCUAGCUGCAUUUAAUGAAAACCGAUGUGUUUUGAUGAUUGUACCUUCACCAGUGCCUCCAAGAGAAGCUUAAUGUCAACAGUAUGGGGCAUCAGGUGAUAAUAUUUGACUUUUCUGUCGUAAGAGGACUGUGGGAAACUCGAGUUAAGAAGCACAAAGAACGUCAGAGGAAAGAGAAAGAAAGAUUAGAAAAAAGCUCGUUGGAGAAGAUAAAGCAGGAAUGGCAUUUCAUACUAGAGUGCCGGAAGAAAGGUAUUCCUCAGUCAAAAUAUCUCAAGAAAGGCUUUGUAGAUAUCAAUGAGAAGAUCUUGGACACUUAUGGAAAGACUCCUCAGCUCCAGAAGAGGCAUGCUUUGUCAGAUGAAGCAAAUAAGGAAAAAAACAAGUUUAUUUUUCAGCUUUCUGGCGAGCAGUGGAUGGAAUUCCCAGAUUCUCUGAAAGAACAGACCUAUCUGAAAGAAUGGCAAGUGUCCAAUACAUUGAUACAAACCAUUCCAGCUUACAUUGCAUUAUUUCAAGAUCUGAGAGUACUGGAGCUGUCAAAAAAUCAAAUCAGCCAUCUCCCAGUGGAAAUUGGCUGCUUAAAAAACCUCAGAGUACUCAAUGUGAGUUUCAAUAAUUUGAAGUCAGUCCCUCCAGAAUUGGGUGAUUGUGAGAAUCUGGAAAAGCUGGAUUUGUCUGGAAAUAUGGAAAUAACAGAGCUCCCAUUUGAACUAAGUAACCUGAAACAAGUCACGGUUGUGGACCUGUCAGCAAACAAGUUCCAUUCUAUUCCAAUUUGUGUACUCCGGAUGUCUAAUUUGCAGUGGUUGGAUAUUAGCAGCAACAACCUGAAAGAUCUCCCAGAAGACAUAGACAGGUUAGAUCAACUGCAGACACUUCUCCUACAGAAAAACAAGUUGACUUAUCUUCCACGAGCUCUGGUCAAUAUGACAAAGCUCAGUUUGCUAGUUGUCAGUGGCGAUGACCUGGUUGAGAUACCCACAGCUGUCUGUGAGUCAACCACAGGUUUAAAAUUCAUAAGUCUCAAGGACAGCCCAGCUGAAACUAUUGUAUGUGAGGACACCGAAGAAAUUAUAGAAAGUGAACGUGAACGGGAGCAAUUUGAGAAAGAGUUUAUGAAAGCAUACAUUGAAGACCUAAAGGAAAGGGAUUCUGCUCCAUCCUAUACUAAAAAGGUCUUGCUCAGUCUACAGCUCUGAAGAUCAAAAAUCUCUAAAUCACUAGUGAAUAUCAGAAUACCUCCAUUUUUAUCCACCUGAAUAGAAAACACUGGAAAACAUACAUGGCCAGAAGCACUUCAAAAUCAUCAUGAAAGUUGCUCCCAGUAAACACAGUUUAAAAAAACAAAAGCGCAGCAGAACCUUCAUAACAUGCUGUUUCACCUUUUAAAUCAACAUAUUUAUUUUCCAGUCCACAGUAAGAGCCAUUAAUUUACAUACAGACCUGCUGAAAGUAAAUAUUCACUGUAAUGAUGGAUACACGGGGACAGAUGCCCUCAGGAUGAAGACACUGUACAUUGUAUUUGAAACAGUGGAACAUAAGUCAUAAUAUUAAAAAGAUAUUUGAUUUUAUAAAAGGGGAUAAUAUAGAAAUUAAAUAAUGUAGAAAAUGAAUACAAUCUCUUGUAUUCUCAAGACCAAAUCACACAUUUCAUUUUUUACAAUAUUUGAAGUGCAAACACCUAAUAGAUAUUUGUUUGCACUUAUUUUUCUGUUCUUCAAGGAAAUUCUCCUCUUCAAUAUUUUCAGUCUAGACAAGUUUCAACGAUUUUAUAUAUAUAAACUGUAGCAAUUCUGCUGCUUUUUUGAAGCAUAUUAUAAGCUUUUCCCUUUUUGCAAACUCAAGUGCCAAUAUGACUGAAACUUCUGUGCUAAGCAGCCUAAUAAUACAGCAGUGUAUUAAGCAAAACUUUAAGGACUAAGCAGUAUGAACAAAUAAUAUUAGCAAAAUUGUGACAAACAUCUUCUACUAAUUGUUUCAGAUUACAGGAUUUUGCGAACAUUUAUUGGGAUUUACCAAGUUGUAUAAGAAUGAGUUUGCUGGAUAAAAGGUUUUGUUGCUUGCUAUUUAAUAAUCCGUUGUUAUAACUAUGUAAGUGUAUAUACUGUAGAAUUUCAGAAAGCUAGCUUUACUUUUGUUUGUUUGUUUGUUUAAUAAAUCAGUACUUUUUAUUCUAAAAAGACUGAGAUUUUGACAAUUUAGGCUCAAAUUAGACAACUUAAAUAGUUAUAAACUUAUGACUGUACUUAGGGGAAACAAUAUUUACAUCUUGCUUUUUUAUUAUAGAUGAGCUAUGUCCAAUUUUGUGCAGCAGAGUGCCACUUAUGUCUGUCAGAUUUAAAAACAAAGCAACAAAGGAUGUGGUCCUUAAAACUCCAUAUAAAAACACUGCAUUUGAUGUUUUCUUUCCUUUUUGCCCUUAAUUUGUCUGAAAGAAAAGAAUUUGUGUAUUAUUUAUGCCAGGGACAAACUCCUGCAGUUACAUGACUGUCCAAAAUGAAAUCCUCUAGAGUUGGUUUCUAGCUGUUAACGCUGCUUUUAAAAAAGUCUUGGAACAAAGAGAAUGUUUCAAAAAAUUGCAAGAAAAAUUGACAUUGUUCUGAAACAGAAUAAUGAAAGAUCUGAUUUUUUUUUUUAUUAUGAAGAUGUUAAAACAUGAUUAAAUCUUGACAGCCAAAGUGGGCUUAAAAAAAUCAGUGUAUCUGAAACUGCCCUAUCAAGCUUACACUUAGUGAAAUCAUAAAUUUGGUUGAUUAGGUAUUUAUUAAUAUUGAAGUAAUAAACUUCUGUGAUACAUCUGAAUUGGCAUUCCUUGAAAUUCUAUUACUGGAGUUGUAUUACAGUCUAGUAGGACCCACUGAAAAUCAUACGAAUGGAAAUCACAACUGCUGUAUUUACAGAAUGGAGAUGUCCACUAUGGGAGUUGUAACUUUAAGAAAAACUAGCAGUGUAAAUAUAAUUAAUAAACAAUAGCUCCCAGUGCAAAUUCUAGCUUCAGAAUUGUUGGAUAUAUAAACAGAAGGUGCUUAAGUAGACAAGUUGUAUCAGUACUUGUGCUCUUAAUCUUACUUGAAAGAUUUCUGCACUUCACAGAUAAGAGUGAUGAAGAUAAAAUGGGAAACAUUCAGAAGAACACCAGUAGCAUAAAUACAAAACCUGUUAUUUUUAAGUUCAUUGAAAGGUGAACAAGUCCAUUUGCUUGUCAGUGUUUAUCAAUAAAAAUUCAUAGUAUAAA